GGGACUUACCUUUGCGUAGGACCUAUUGUUGGAGUGCUAGUCAACAAGUUUGGGUGUCGGCCAGUGUCGGUAGCCGGAGCGGCGUUGUCAUCGAUAGCAUUCUUUGCCUGCACGUUUGCCUCAAGCAUAGAAGUUCUAGUCAUUUUAUUCGGAUUGGUUGGAGGUUGUGGUUUCGGAAUGAUGUACAUUCCUCCUUUAACUGCUGUCGGUCAAUACUUCCAAACACGACACGCCUUAGCAGUUGGAAUAGCUUUGUGUGGAAGCGGUAUAGGAACGUUAACUCUGGCUUCACUUUCUGAGUAUUUGAUAGAGACAUACACUUGGAAAGGUGCGAUGCAAAUAUUGUCCGCACUCGUUUUAAACGGCGUUCCUCUUGGCCUGCUUCUUAGGCCCAUUGAAAAGGUGAACAAAGGAGUUGCCAAUGGGCAAGCCGUCGAGGUGGAAGAAUCAGGGGAUCUCCAUGGAAACAAGAGUUGUUGUCGGAAAAAAUGUGUUAGAGGAUGUUGCUGUGACCUGUCAUCGUUAAAUUUGGAUCUCUUUCGAAGUCCAUCGUUGAUGGGCUUUGCGUUGAUGAAUUUGAUUUGCUCUUUUGGUUAUUUCAUACCGUUUGUAUUUUUGCCUGCCUUUGGACAAAGUAUUGGUUUUACAUCUAAAGCAAGUGCCAUAUUGGUGUCGGUGAUUGGAAUUUUGAACACGGUGUUUCGAGUGGUUAGCGGAUGGGUUUCGGAUCAGCCUUGGGCAAACCCAAUUAUUAUUUACUCUGUGGCUACGAUAUUGGGUGGUGCAGCAACUUCACUGGUAGCACAUUACACAGUCUACUGGGUACUGGUGGCUUACUGUGUUUUAUACGGUAUAUGUAUAGGUACAAUCAUGACAAAUGAGCCGAUAGUUGUGACCAUGUUGGUGAACAAGCCAAAGUUUGCUUCUGCUUUCGGGAUUGUGGCAAUGGGAGACGGUAUAUCAGCUAUGGUCGGAGCUCCUAUAUCCGGUGCGCUUUAUGACAUGUUUGGAAAUUACAGAUGGACAUUCCUGUUUUCUGGCAUGACAAUGGUGCUAGCGGGAUUCAUUGGCCUACAUAUUACAUGGAUUAACCGCUUGGAAUUCAAGAGAACACGCAAACUUUUAUUCAAAAGAGAUGGGCUUGAAAUCCAUGCUCCGUGACGGAGCGCAUCGCAUUUUGUUACUGUUUCUGUUACCAAUGUGCGAGUUCGAGGUUUGUUCUUGUUGAGAGUUACUGGGAGCAUCGAUACCGGACAUGACCAAAAUGUAGAGGCAUGAACCCACAGCGUAUAUAAA